CUGUCCUAUCAUUUCUACGGGAACAUCCACAUGCACCAGGCAUGCUACAUGUGUUUUUGACCCAGACUUUACAAAAAAUAGCAACUUUAAUUUGAGUGUAUUGUAGCUCUGUUUCGUUAAGAUAGUGAUGGAUGCACAAACCUGGAACAUCUUCUCCGAUGAGCAAGUGUACGAGCUUUGGCAAAAAAAAGCUGAGAGCUAUUGUCAAGGUGCAGGGCCGUUUGAAGACAAACUUCGUGGGAGAGCACCUCAAGAUGUCUUGAUAUUCUUGGAGAGAGUCGGAAUUGGAAGAGAUGUUCUGGAUGGGCUUUCUAUUAUCCACGUUACUGGGACUAAAGGAAAAGGCUCGACUUGUGCUUUCGUGGAAAACAUCCUUGAAACUUGUGGAUACAAAACCGGUUUGUUAAGCUCUCCGUCGCUUAUAGAAAUAAGGGAGCGCAUUCGUAUCGGCGGUACAUACCUACCUCGCCGUAAGUUUGCAGAGUAUGGGCUGACCAUAUUACAAAAACUUGAAGAUGCUGGAAACUCGGGUGACGAACAGACGACCUACAGACAACCUAAUUUCAUCCAGUAUCUCACCGUACUCAGCAUGCAUAUCUUCCUCAAAGAAAAGGUUGAUGUCGGAAUCGUAGAAGUCUUUAUAGGUGGUGAAACGGACUGCACCAAUAUAUUCAAGACACCAUCAUGUGUGGGUAUCACUACACUCGACUUGGAUCAUCGCGACAAACUUGGAGAUUCACUGGAGAGCAUCGCUUGGCACAAAUCAGGCUUAGCAAGGAAAGAUCGUCCCUUGUUCACAGUCUCCCAGGAGUCAGGACCGCUGAAGGUGAUGGUUGAGAGGGCUUCUGAAUUCGGGGCAAUCUUGAAGAUUUGUCCACCGUUGGUCGAACUCUCGGUCGGUGGAUCUCCGAUCGAGCUCGGUCCCGAGGGCGGCCACCAGGCCAUCAACGCUAGCCUAGCUGUUCAGCUAGCUCGUCAUUGGAUUGAAGAGCGUGAUCCCAACCGAUUUACAUUUGAUGAUCCAGCUACUAAGCAAGAGGCAACCAAUACUGUUGACAUCAAUAUUACAAUAGACAACGUGCCUCUUGCAAGGACCUUUAACUUACCUGAUGAGUUCAUACAAGCUCUCAAGCGGUGCGACUUCCCGGGCAGAUGCCAGAUUGUGCGGGGAAAUCACGUGACUUUUUACUGCGACGUCGCUCACACAGUAAAAAGCAUGCAUUCCUGUGGGAAAUGGUUCAUGUCCAAGGCGGGCAUUGAGAGGGAGGAGCUUGGUGGUCAUGUUAAGCGUGUCCUCAUGUAUUCCAUGGUGCCUAAAUUCACGAUGCCCGACAUAUUGUCACAGAUUGCGGAUGUUGACUUCGACGCAAUCCUAUUUUCCCCAGGUUGGACAACAUUUGGCGAACAUGACGAGACACAUCCCGCUCGGUUCAAAAACAAGAAUCAUCGACGACAGCCUCAACAAGAAUAUCGCAACACCCAUGUACUUCGAACGACUUUUGAGGAUAUUCUAGAUAAAAGGUAUCCGGCCGAUAAGAAGAAACCCAUCAUCAAAGAAUUUCCGUCGGUCUCGACAGCCCUCCAGUGGGUGGUGGGUGGUGACGAUGAUCUCCCGGAGCUCCUGAUGUCGAUGGCGCCAAAGUCAGACGAUCAUUUCGAUGGCGGGAGCCACAUCCAGGUGUUAGUGACUGGAUGUGUCCCAAUCGUUGGUGGCAUUAUCAAGAUCUUCGAUCCGUCGUCUGUCCUCGAGUAUAAAAACGGCGUGUGAUAAAAUAGUUAAAGAUCUGCGAAGAAUCAUAUCCUCUCAUGAGUUAUCCAUUAACGUUUUUAAAACCACUUACACGGUUUCGAACCAAUGGAAUUCUGACUCUUCUCUAUAUCUACCAACCCGUUACAAUAGACCUACAUUAGGUCGCCCAAGCAACAUACCGGUAGAAAGAAUUAACAUACCAUUAGAGAUUUUCUUGUAUUUGAAGAAAAAAAUAGCGUCUACCAUAAUAUCAUUUUAUUCUACUUUUAAAGUACCAUCACUGCGAAAAAAUGUUUUGAUAGCUGGAAAUGAAAGUGAUGCUGGGAAUUGUAUCAGAUUUUCUUCUGAAGAUUUGAUAAAAAAAAAGCUAGUUGUGACUGGUCAUAAUAAAUGUAGUUAGUCUUUUAGAAGGAAGGUUAUGGAACUCGUGAAUUUGCAUAAUUAUUUUCCAGAUUGUUUGCAAGUAUUUGGUUUGGUUCUGUAAUUGUAGUAUUUUAGUCAUAUUUUUAUUUUUUAGGGGGUAUAAUUUUUGGAGAAAAGGUUCUAAUAUCUGAAUACUUUAGUUCAUUUUCAUUUGAUUGUAUUACAAAAAACAGGUUGAUUCAGGGUUUUCUUGGGGGGGGGGGCGUUUCACACAUGACUGAAAAUAUGUUACAUAUAUAUUCUAGCAUUUUCAAUGUUGUUGUGUCUUUUGUCUAAAGAGAAGGGGUACCUGCCCCCUAUACCCGCCCUGGAUCGGUCAUUGACAUCGUAAUUAACAUCUUAAAGCAACCCGUGUCCUAUACGAAUUUAUGUUAAAUUCUAAUUCAAUUUUACUACAUUGUAGUAUUUCCCAUAUUUUGUAUGGUAAUGUAUUACAAUUAUUCAGCCAUUUUGCUAUACAAUGAUAUUUUCUAAUAAACUUUGAAUAAACUGGAUACGAUAUUUAGAAGAAUUCGGGUGUUAAGGAAUUCUACAGUACCGUUAGUUUAAUUAUGACACCAAAUAAUAUAAAGUAUGAAACGUAAUUGCAUCACUGCAUUUUCUCUCUAUCUGUCCUUUUCCUUAUAUAGCACUUUCACUUCUUCUCCUUCUUGUCCUAGCUUCUUCUCUUUCUCCUCUCCUUCUUCGUUUUACUUCUUUUUCUUCUUUUUUCUUCUUCUUCUAUGACUUCUUUGUCUUCCUCUAAAUACUACUAUUACUUCUACUCCUUCCCUCCCUUUUCAAUCAUCACUCAUGUAAUAAUUAUUCUUUUGAUCGUAUAAGAAUAAAUUAUGUUAAUACAAAUCAUUAAAAAGUGACCCUGAUUAAA